UGAAGAAGCACACAUUCAGGUGAUAAGGAAAGCUCGUAUAAAAGUGAAUAAACAACUAUAAAACUAUUUGUGAGCUUUUCAGUUCGAGUUCUCCAGUCCUCAGCUACAGUCAUGAAGGUCUUGUUGUCCGUCGGUCUGGUCUCCGCCAUCCUGCUGGUUGCGCAGGCUGUGCCUUACCCAUCAGCUGGCCCAGGACCCUACCCCGCGCCUUACCCCGCCCCUGCCCCAGCACCCGCCCCCAUGCCAUACGCUGGUCCCAUGCCAUACGCCUUCCCUGAGCCCAGCUGCUGUGCUGUCGGACAGCCUUGCGGGCUUGGUCUCUGCGGCUGCUGUGGAGAUUCUCAGUGCGAGAAUGGUGCUUGCAACCCCAUCAUUCCCUACGCCGGCGGAUUCUACGGUGCCCCCAGGGUCCAGGGAGGAUAUGGCAACACUUUCCCAUACGGACGUUAAGAACCACCUUUCUCUUCUCACAACAUUCAUCUUUUAUACAACUAUUAAGUGGAAUUAAAUUUUUAUUUAUUUAUAGUGAA